AUGAAGAAGCUGGAUUUUUGUAGGGAACAAGUGACAUUGAUGCUGAAAGAUUGUGUGAAGAUGUGUGUGAAUUUUAUUCCAUUCAAUUCCUCUCUCAGUUUUGAAGGAUUCUUUGUAAUAACCAGCGAUAAAAGUGAUGUUUUAGUCAUUAAAAUUGAUGAGAAUAAAAUGAAAAAUGAAGGAAACCCUUUUGUGAAUGAUCAUUCUAACACAUCAUCUCGCAUAUUUAAUGCACCUGCAAAUUAUGAAAAUAAUUUUCAAAUUGGUGGAAAGAGACCAAGAAUGUCAAAUGUAAAUAAAAAAAAUAUAAAUACAAGCAAAAGAAAUUUCAAUGUUGCUGGGAACAAACGUGGUGGACAUAUAAAGCCAAGAUUGAAAACGAAUGUAGUGCGACAACAACAAAGAUUCAACAACUGCCUGACUUAUCCAUCUACCGCUAACAACAAUUUUAGUAAUGCUCUUGUGCCUGCAAGAUUCUUCUCUUCAGGACCUCGACAUGCUGCUGGUGGUCGUGGCCUACCAACACUUGAACCAAUUAAUAACAAAACAUCAAACAAUAUGAUAGCUCCUACACAAACACAGAAUGCUAGACAAAUGCUUUCAAUAUGCUACUCUGGCACCACCACCAACAACAACUGCAAUGAUAAUAACGGUGGUGGAGACAUGACUGAAGACAGGGACCAAAUAUUCAAAGAUAUUAUUUCUGUUGCAUUGAAUAAAUUAUCCACAACUGAUGAAAACACCACAACAACUCAUUCUGCUGUCAAAUAUCAACUAGCCUUAACAAACAAGAUUUACUCAGCCCCAUCCUAUAGUUCUGCAUGUGAUUUGAAAGCUGGACCACUGGUUAGAUCUCAUUCAACUCAGCUGACUACUGCAAUGCAACCAUUUCAGCAAUCACAACAACAGAUACAGCAACAACUGCUACCACAACAAAAUGUGUCUGAUAAACAGCUGUAUCAAAAUGUUCUUACUGUAUUUAAGCAGUCUACAGCUGGAACUAGUGAGGUUCCACAACAACAUAAACAGCAAGCAUCUCAGCAGAAUUACUCAACUUUGUACCAAACUUUACUUACACCGAGCAAACAGCAGUCUCAGCUGCACCAACAAUUGCAAACACAACAAAUUCAGCAGAAACAAUGUGCAAUAAAUACACCUAGCAAGGAAAAAAUAACUCAAACCAAGCUUCAGCAACUACAACGAACGCCACAACAACAAACACCACAGCAACAUGCACUCCAACUUACACCCUACAAACAGCAAAUAAACUCGCUUACUCCAUGCAAAGAACAAUUUCAACAGCAACAAACAACUCCGUGCAAACAACAAGUUCACCAGCAACAAACACAGCAACACAUGCUUACGCCUUACAAACAAUACAUUGACCUCACUCAAAACAAACAAAUUCAAAAACAGCAGCAUCAACAGCCACAUCCUCAGCAAAAUGCUAACAUGUCUAAUAAACCACAGCAGAACAUUUUUGUUGAAAAUAAUUUGCAAAACCAGCAGCAAAACAUGUUAACGCCUUAUAAACAACAUAUUUCUUCCAAUCCUGUUGAAGCCCAAAUGCAUCAUCAACAACAAACACAACAGCAACAACUGACACCUCACAAACAACAAAAUUUCUUAGCUACAACUAAUCACCAUCAGCAGUUGCAGCUGCAGCAACAAAACCGGCUACCAAAUCUACUUCAACAAUUGCUUCAGGACUCACCAGCUAUCACAAAAAUUAGUGAAAUCUCGUCUAUAAUCCAAGAGAGCACAUUAAAUUCAAACAGUCUACAUCAAACGCAACAACAACAUCAACAAUUACAACAACAUUCUUGGUCACAGAAUCAGCUGCAACAAGCACCAAUAGAACAAUGUCAAGUGCCAGCAACAUCAAAACAAAUUUUACAGCAGAAAUCACCUUCAAAUGCCAAUUCAGUUAAAUUUAAUGAACAUAAAAAAGGUUUGAAGAUUACUCCUGUAGUAAAUCCUAUCCGACCAACUGUGCAGACUCAUCUGCAAUACUCUUCAAUAUAUUUUCAGCAAUGUCCUCAACAAUUACAACAAAAUCCUCAAGUUCAACAACAUGUACAAACUCUACAACAUCAACCAGUCCAUCAAUCAGCCCAUCAGCAACAUCAAUUUCAUGAUACAAUUUUAAAUUUAAGAUCUGCUUUCUCACCUCAACAAACAACCUCAACUUUCAGCAUGAAUGAUUUUACUGGACCAACGGGAAUUGUUUCUAAGCAGUUGCAACUACAACAACCACAGCAGCAGCAACAGUUACAGCAUCAACAAUCACAAAAUCCACAAUUACAGCUACAAAAAUCGCUACAACAACAGUUACAACAACAACAGCUACAACAACAGUAUAAACCGUUACAAGGUCAACAGACACAGCAGCAACAACAUCAUCAACAACACUUACAACAUCAAUUACAACAAUGCCUAGAGCAGCAACAACAAUCAAAUCUUAAAACUUCUUGUAAGGCUUCUAAUGAUAUUGAUAAAUUGCAGAGAACAACCAGUGAAAAAACGUAUAACAAUUUAUUUACCAAUUUUUAUUCACAACGUGAUAUAAAUAACAAUACCAACAAUUCAACUAGAAAAAGUUGCUCAUUUCAAACAGAGUAUACGAUUACAAGCAGCGACAACUUUUAUUCAAUGCAUCCAUCAGGUAAUCCACAACAUCAACAACAAUUACAUCAACAACGACAACAUAGUGAGCAGCAAGCAAUAGAGGUGGCAGUAGGUAAUCAAAAUUUGACUUCAGCUAUGAAACACGCCAAUCCAGAGGCGUCCCCAAAACAAGUUGUCAACUCGGAUGCCUGCCAGAUGAAGAAAAAUAUUAAUUUUUAUACCAAUGAUGAUAUUAAUUACAACAACAUUAAUAGCAUUAAAAGUAGUAAUCACCAGGAUAGUACAAAUGUAACCAAUAAUAAUAACAAUAAUAAUGAAGCUGAGAUGUCCAUACCCACCGCUGAUAUUGGCACUAGUAAAUGUGAUUUGGAAGAUGAUUAUAAUGAUAAGAAAAGAAGUUGUAACAAGAGCAACGUUGAUAACCUUGACAAGAAAUGUAGUUCCAACUCUUCAAAGGUACCAACAUUGAAGUUAAAGUAUAAUGGGAAGGAUAGUGCAUUUGUAAUAGAUUCACAAGCACCUAACCACCAUUCGUCUAAAAUGACAUUUGGCAGUGAUAACAAAUUGGACCUGAAAAACUUUUCUACAAAAAAUGGUGAUGAUGAUUUGGAAACUUUGGCACUCAGUCAAGUAUUGAAAGCAGUGGAGGGUCUAGAGAAAGAUUCCAAAAUAUCACCAAAAGGCAAUGACAAAAGUUCUAGAAAUGGUGCCAGCGAAUGUGGUGCCAACAACAAUUAUGAAAUGUGUUUCAGUGAGGAAGCUUAUGGUAUAAUGAAUGUAAGCUGCAACGAAACAGUCGUCACAAAAAGUAUGUCUGGUCAAUCCAUUCAGUCAGAAGAUACGUACUCUAAUGAAAUCCCUGGCAGCAAUGGUGCCAACCAUUCUGCUAGUGGUAGUACAAUCAGCAAUGAGCUUGAAUUCAGCAGCUUGUUUGAUUUUCCUGCAACAUCUACUGCUGUUACUUCAACAAAUAAAAGUUACACUACAAGUUCAUCAGCAACAACUAUUAGCAAUGCAUCAAACACCACAGAAGUUACUAAUGGAACAGGGUUUGGUUCAUGCAGUAGAAAUAAAUAUGAUGUUGAUGUUGUUGAGGAGAGCAUAAACAACAAUAUAAAUCUGGGUGCCAGUUACAAUUGUUGUACGGAUGCAAAUGAUGACAUUAACAUUAAAUCUUUUGCUGAUGUGGAAGAUAGAUCUAACCCUUCCUUACAAAGUGAUAUAGACUUUUAUGGCUGCCCACCGAUAAGCAAUAACACUGAAAUUGCUUUUUUUCAGUGCAAACGCUGUUCUAUAUAUUUGAAUGAUGAGGUGUCCCUUGCUGAACAUUAUUCCAUGAACCACACUGAUAGCUCAAUGAAUGCUGAUGUGCUGAAGUAUUUCAACAGCAACAAGUUCAAACCUCAAACUAAUACGAAACCUUCAACAUUUUAUACUAUGAUCGAUUCUAUCGAAGAUGAGGAUGAAGAUGAGGAAGAAGAAGUUCAGAGUGCUUCUUGUCCUUUUCAAGGUUGUAAAAGAACUUUCAUUACAGUUAGAAGUUUGACGUCCCAUUACACGAAAACUCACAAGCUACAAUUGACUUCAAAGCAAUUGUCAAGGGUAAGGACGAAGAUGGGAUUUCUGUAUGCAUGCAAUUUGUGUGACCAAGUGUUCAAGAAAGAAAGGUUAUUGAAGGAACACUCGUUCAAAAAACACAAAAUUUCCAAUUAA